AUGUCAAGCCCUAUUCUCGACAGCAGCUCCAUAUUCUCAUACAGCUCUGAAAGCACGCGCUCCUCUAUGUCCUUUGACACCGAAUCGAGCCCGGAGUUGGGAUGUGAGGAGCUUCCGGGCAGCAGAGAGGUUUCUAAGAGGAAGGAGCACAAGAAGAGGAGCAGGUGUGGGACAUGCGAGCCCUGCCUGAGGAAGGUCAGCUGCGGCCGCUGUAGCUGCUGCCUCAACCGCCGCACGGGCCAUCAGAUCUGCAAGCUGAGGAAGUGCGUGGAGCUACGUACAAGGCGCUCGAGUCCCCUGCUGUCUCCUGCAGCUAAGGUAGCGUACAGCUUGGUUUGGUAG